AUGUUUGCAAAAUAUAUUUGGUGUUGUAUCUACAAGCAUUUCCCAUCCGUUGAUUCCGCCCUAGCUGCUGCCAAGGAUUAUGACGAGAGGGGACCAAGUGCAUGUCGAUGGACCUCUGACACGGCACUGCUUGUGUUGACGUAUCGCAGGCGUCUGGAUCAAUUGAUCCCUAACGUAGUGUGUUGGAUUCCAUAUGGUGAUCAUCGUUCAUUUAGAGAAUUUGAGGUCAUCUCAUUAUUUUCUGACCAUCUCAGAUGGGGUCCCUUGACGGUCAUUCAUCGAUCGGAGACAGUUGUACGACAGUUUGGAUACAUCCAGACUAUUUCACCACAUCCUAUUGCGCCUUCAGUCUCUAUUGAAGAAAUGAAUGAUAGAUGGAUGCAGUUCAGUGACUACAUUGUACAUGUAGGGAAAAUCAGUGUAGUGUCUGGCCAGUGUUCGCCAGAUUACAUGGAUUGGUUCCAUAUGAUUUUGCACCCAUUCAUGAGUCUGGUACAGCCAGGGAAUUUUCCUAGAAUUCUGUCGGUUCAACAAUAUGACACAUUUGUUGAACCAUAUGUGCAUCAGCAACCGAGGGCAGCAGCGGCACCUGAUGGAGAAGACGUUGAUGUAUAUAAUCUUGGACAUGCAAUGGAUGAUUAUGUAGCAAUUGCUAAUAAGUUGGAGAGGCUUUUGAACCUGAGGAUCCUGACCAAAGGAAAAGAAACCUAUACUGUUGCCGAAGAAUGUUUAAGCAUCACAAGAAGCUGCAUUAGCCAACCAACUGUAGGUCACAGAUCAAGGCGUAGAUGGCGUGCGGAUGGUCAUUGA